UUUCGCUAAAGAACGGCUACGUUAGGAGACAGUGGCACAGCAUUUAGUGUAGUUGCAUGUAGCUACAUUAGCCCGUCCUCACAACUAAAUUGGUGACCUAGAUUUUCCCUAGAGAUGCGGUUAAGUGUCACGGGCGGGUGCGAAGAGGUGUUUAUGCUCUCCACGUUGAAUGUAGACGAGAAGUGCUGGAGCUAACUUACAGUUUACGGUGGCGUCCAGCAUACAGAAAAACUUCUACAAGUAGUUUGUUAAAAGUUUAAGUUCAGGCUAAAAUCGCCAUAAUGGAGAUCCACGAGGGAGCAGCGGCAGCAGGCGACAGCGUCCUCGAUUUUUCACGUUUAAAUUUGAACACUUUUAGCGCUGACAGCGUCAGCGACGAGAGGAAGAGAGACACCAAACAACUCUACCUUAACAACAACCGGCUAGCAUCGCUCCCCUCGUCGGUCAGCGUAUUCUGCAACCUCGAGUUUUUGGACAUCAGCAAUAACGGACUGACGGCCAUCUGUGAGGACAUUACGCGACUGACCAGGCUGAAAACACUGAUAGCCAAGAACAACCGCCUGGACGAGUUUUCGCUGCCCAAGGAGUUCGGUUCUCUGCAACUAGAGGUGCUGAACUUUAGUGGGAACCGAUUCGAGGAGAUCCCACUAGAGUUUAUGAAACUGCUGCGUCUGCAGUCGCUUUCACUCGGCGGAAACAGACUGAAAAGUAUACCUGCAGAGAUAGAAAAUCUAACCAGUCUGGAGCUGUUGUAUUUGGGUGGAAACCUCAUCUCAGCCAUUCCUCCUGAAGUGGCUAACCUGCCCUACCUCAGCUACCUGGUCUUAUGUGACAAUCGCAUCCAAAGUGUCCCCCCACAGCUUACCAGGCUCCACUCGCUGCGGUCUUUAAGCCUUCACAACAACUUGCUCACUUACCUGCCGAGGGAGAUCCUCAGCCUGGUACACCUGCAGGAGCUAAGCCUCCGAGGAAACCCGUUGGUGGUGCGCUUUGUUAAGGAGAUGACCUACGACCCCCCCUCACUGCUAGAGUUGGCUGGACGUACAAUUAAGAGCCGAAAUAUUCCCUACUCCCCCUGUGACCUGCCCUCAAAUCUGCUGCGAUACCUGGACCUGGCCAGCAAGUGCCCCAAUCCCAAGUGUGCCGGCGUCUACUUUGAUUCAUGUGUGCGCCACAUCAAAUUUGUGGACUUCUGCGGGAAGUACCGGCUGCCCCUCAUGCACUACCUGUGCUCUCCAGAGUGCACGUCUCCCUGCAGCUCCAACCCCCAGAGCGACGCUGAGUCAGAAGACGAGAGCAGCGUGCCCGCUGACCGCCUGCAGAGGGUCCUUCUGGGAUAGUACGACAUGGUGGAACCUCUGACCCUCUGGCCCAGCCCAGCCUUGUCAGUCUGUCACUGAGUUCAGCAUUUAGACUUGAACUUGGCUGUCGGACUUUUGCUAUACAUAAACGCACAUACUCAUAUACAAUUGUAUACACACACACACACACACACACACACACACACACACACACACAUAGUUUUACAUAGCCUCUUAAACACAGAGAAUGUGAGAGAGUGGUCUUUAAUACUAUGACCCUGAAAACAUGUUAAUUCUAUUUUCUCUAUUUUCUCACCACAUGUUAUUCCACAUAACAUAAGUACAUGUAGCCAUGAAAAUCCGGUCUCACUCAUGACUCCAUCAGAGUGCUAGUCUCAUGUUGGAGCAUGGGAGGGCAGUAAAACUCUUAUUUGGACUGUGAACAUUAAAGGGGUGGCAGGAUUCUUUUCCUUUGCAGGGAAACAUGGUGCUUUUUUCUAACUACAGCACAUUAUUCUGUGUUUGUUUGUUUGUUUUUUUUUUUUUUUGAAAGUUUGCAUAUGGACAAGAGUGGUUUUUGUCCAUCAACUGGAAAUAGCAAGCUUUCAUUUAUAGCUCUUAGACCAAGUGAGCAUCAAAGCAGCUAUGCUAAUUAAGAUUUUUCAAGUAUGUUAAGAGAAACAAUAACACUAGUUCUAUACUAUACACCAAGUUAAUUAGUACAAUAUGUGAGAUGAUCUUAUUCAUACUGUGUGGAGCAGUUAGACUGUCCCACAUAGUACUAAAAGAUCAGUUUUUGUCAGCAAUGUGGACACCAGCUUUGAAAAAUUUUGCCGUGAUGGCAUAGUUGUUAUAAAUUAACCUAGAAUAAGGGUUAUGUGCGUAUGAAGAGUGCUUGUCCAGGCUUACUCACAGGAAGUGGAUGUGGGGUGGACCGGGGAAAAGCACAGAAACAAUAGCUAUUCAGCAAAACACAGUGGCAGACUUUGUGUUUAUGUUCUGGGCCGUCAGGUUUUCUUUGAGCAUAAACAUAUAUGUGUGAUGUGAGUGAAUGGAGCCGUAGUAGUCAGCAGUAGUUAUUUCUGAGGCAGAAACUCGUCUUCAUUUCUAAACAGGGAGAUGACUGUGUUUCUGUUCCUGGUUACAUCACCGCUUUGUCUUUUAGCUUGUGUGGAAGGCUGGGAGGUUUUACAGCCUCCCAGACAGUUUGUGUCCAUUAGUGAGGAGGGAAAAACUCCAUAUUAGACCUUUUAGUGUUUAGAAAACCGAAGAAAACUUCUAUGUUACAGUAGCAUCUAUAUAUGAGCAUUUAAGUGCCUUACUAAUGGGGACUUCUAACGCAAUGUAAUAUAUGUACCCUGAAAUGUGACAAGAUUAGCAUUCUGGCUUAUAUAAAGUCCUUCAUGAGUGAUUUUAUACUCAUCAGCUUAACCAUAAUGACAAGAAAAAGUAACCUUUUAUAACAAAAUGAACUGCUUUUAUACAAAUCCCUUUUCAAAUGUUAAACACUUACAUUUAAAUGAGCUGCAGAGUAGACAGUACUUAAAAAGUAAAUAUAUUGAUAUAUAAUAAUUGUAUGUACUUUUACCCCAUUAAGAUAAUGUAUGUAGACUGUACAGUAUAAAUAACAUUAAUAAACACUGAUUGUUAUAUCUUUUAAAA